AUGGCUCGAAAAGAAAGAAAGAACUGCGAAACUACGACGAUGGCGUCUUUAUUUCUGUUGCAGAUUGCCGGUCAUCCUCGUAAUAAUUUAAUGACUGAUAGUACGUUUUUAACCAUAGAGAAAUUAGAAGAUAACGAAGUUUGGAUACCAAUGAUCUUCCCCUAUCAGUGGCAGCCGAAAAUCAUUUCGACGCAACUCGCCGUAAUCGGAGACGUCGUCAUUGCCGGUGUGCCCGGCGAAUUCACGACAAUGUCCGGAAGAAGAUUGCGAGAGGCUAUCAAGACAGCCAUGAACGCGCCCGACAAAGAAACAUUUGUAAUAGUCGCAGGACUCUGCAAUACUUACAGUGAUUACAUAACAACGCCUGAGGAAUAUCAAGUACAGAGAUACGAAGGUGCAUCGACGAUAUACGGCCCGCAUACGCUUACAAUCUAUUUGAAACAAUAUCGGGAUUUGGUUCAAGCGGCCAUUCAAGUAAGUAAACGAAACAUUUACAUACACAUGAAUGUGUAUGUAAAUACGCGAUUGUAA